AAUGUUUGCUGAUAUUAAAUGAGGAACUUGAAGAUGUGAGGAGAAUCCUGAAUUAUCCAACAGAGAAGUUCCGCUUUCAUUGCGCGCUCCCGUGAGCUCCGUGCACUCCUCAGCAACACUUGGAUCACAUGACAUGACAAAGCAGCAGCAGCUACUUCCUGUGUGCACUGCUAGCCAAUUUCACAUCCAGACGGUCACUGCGACUAAUACCGUGAGAAACCAACAUGCUGGCUAUGAUAAACAGGCUCCUGGACUGGUUCCGCGCGAUCUUCUGGAAAGAGGAAAUGGAGCUCACGCUCGUGGGACUUCAGUACUCCGGGAAAACUACCUUCGUCAACGUGAUAGCGUCAGGGCAGUUCAGCGAAGACAUGAUUCCCACAGUCGGUUUCAACAUGCGGAAGGUCACUAAAGGCAAUGUGACGAUAAAGAUAUGGGACAUAGGGGGCCAGCCUCGCUUCAGAAGCAUGUGGGAGCGCUACUGUAGAGGAGUCAAUGCUAUUGUUUACAUGGUGGACGCAGCAGACCGAGAGAAGGUAGAAGCUUCCAGAAACGAACUGCACAACCUUUUAGAGAAACCACAGCUACAAGGAAUUCCUAUUCUAGUACUGGGCAACAAACGAGACCUGCCGAACGCACUUGAUGAGAAGCAGCUCAUUGAAAAAAUGUGAGUCACUCAAGACUAAU